CGGCGCCGCGCACAGCCGGGCUGGGCGGCGGGACAGCGGGCGCACGGCGGGGCAGCGGCUGCAGCCAUGAGGGAGAUCGUGCACAUCCAGGCGGGACAGUGCGGAAACCAGAUCGGGACCAAGUUUUGGGAAGUGAUAAGUGAUGAGCAUGGCAUUGACCCAGCCGGAGGCUAUGUCGGUGACUCAGCGCUGCAGCUGGAAAGGAUCAAUGUCUACUACAAUGAAUCAUCUUCCCACAAAUUUGUACCAAGAGCAGUCUUGCUGGACUUGGAGCCGGGAACCAUGGAUAGUGUGCGCUCUGGUCUUUUUGGUCAGCUCUUCCGGCCCGAUAAUUUCAUCUUUGGACAAACUGGUGCAGGAAACAACUGGGCUAAAGGACACUAUACAGAAGGGGCAGAGCUGGUUGACUCUGUGCUUGACGUAGUAAGAAAAGAGAGUGAACACUGCGACUGCUUGCAAGGAUUUCAGCUUACUCACUCCCUGGGAGGAGGGACAGGGUCUGGCAUGGGAACCCUGCUCAUCAGCAAGAUCCGAGAGGAGUUUCCAGACAGGAUAAUGAAUACCUUCAGUGUCAUGCCUUCUCCUAAGGUUUCUGACACUGUGGUGGAGCCGUACAACGCCACGCUUUCCGUCCACCAGCUGGUGGAGAACACAGAUGAAACCUACUGCAUCGACAACGAAGCUCUGUAUGACAUUUGCUUCCGCACCCUGAAGCUCACCACCCCCACCUACGGAGAUUUAAACCACUUGGUCUCUGCCACCAUGAGCGGGGUGACCACAUCCCUGCGUUUUCCGGGCCAGCUCAAUGCCGACCUCCGGAAGCUGGCAGUGAACAUGGUCCCCUUCCCGCGCCUUCACUUUUUCAUGCCGGGCUUUGCCCCUUUGACGGCGCGGGGCAGCCAGCAAUACCGGGCACUCACGGUGCCAGAGCUCACACAGCAGAUGUUCGAUGCCAAAAACAUGAUGGCAGCCUGUGACCCGAGGCACGGCCGGUACCUGACGGUGGCCACCGUCUUCCGCGGCCCCAUGUCCAUGAAGGAGGUGGACGAGCAGAUGUUGGCCAUCCAGAACAAGAACAGCAGCUACUUCGUGGAGUGGAUCCCCAACAAUGUCAAGGUGGCGGUGUGUGACAUCCCUCCCCGUGGCCUCAAGAUGGCCUCCACCUUCAUUGGCAACAGCACUGCUAUCCAGGAGCUCUUCAAAAGGAUCUCGGAGCAGUUUUCCGCCAUGUUCAGGAGAAAGGCCUUCCUCCACUGGUUCACGGGAGAGGGGAUGGAUGAAAUGGAAUUUACGGAAGCAGAAAGCAACAUGAAUGACCUGGUUUCAGAGUAUCAGCAAUACCAAGAAGGAACAGCAAAUGAUGGAGAGGAAGCAUUUGAAGAUGAUGAAGAAGAGAUCAAUGAAUAACAAAAUUAGGUGCGAGAUUUUUUCCAGGCCAAAUUCUCAAAUCUGGAUUUCUGAUAAUUAGGCUUGUAAAUCCAUACUUACAUUUAAAAAGUAAUAAAAAAGGGAGCAUGAAUUUCAGGUGUUAGAAGGGCUCUUCAGAGUCCAUUUGGAUCACUGAGGACACUCAGCAUUGCUGGAAAUUGGGCCAUUUCUAUUCAUGAGACAAAUGUAAGGCAUUCAGUUAAGACUCUGGCCUAAGAGUCUGAACGUGGAGAUUGCUGGUUUGGGAUCUUUUUUCUUUAGGGCUGUCAUCCCUAAAGCUGCAGAAGAGAAGAUGUAAAAUAGGCAUGAAAAUCUACAAAUUGGAGCUGCACUAUUUUCAUCCAAUUAUGAGUAAGAAAAUCUUGUGAGCUUGAAGUAUUCUGUACCAAAUGUACAAUACAAAACUGCCAGAAACAAAAUUUAUUCAUAAUAAAAGUAAAAGUUUUUAGAUAUUCUGUACAGUAACUGUUAACAGUGAUAUUUGAUUCCAGUCCUCUAAAAAUAAAAUAAAAAUUAAUAGUACCCUCUCAGCAGAAGUGUUCUGGGAAUUCAGUGCUACAUUAAUACCCAGUGAGCUGCAGGCUAGAGGCUGGAUUUGUGUGAUGUGACUUCUCUAUUGCUGCUGCUGAAUAAUCACAGAUGAUAUCUGUGAUAUAUAGAUGAAUCUGAUAGAUGUAUCUGAUAUAUAGAUGAAAUCCCUCAAGUUAUGAUGUGUUCAUCAUAAAUCCCUGGGUUUAAAGUGGCACCCCAAUAUCUUAGUGGUCUUCCUGGCUAUCACCAGCUGCUAAUGCUAUUCCUAACUCUAUUUCACCCAGCCCAUGUAGCUGAAAUCCAGGUAUUCCACAGAUCAUGGUGGGACAGGGGACAUAGGCUAUGUGCCAACAGAUCUCACUGCCUGGGUUUGCAAGUUCACCACAGCUACAGAUGCUGUGCAUGUCUUGCUACCAAGACAGAUUAAAACGCCUGGGCAGGUAAAGGUUAAAGUACAAGAGCAUUUAUCCAUGAUACUGAAAGCAGUUGGCAAAAUGAAAGCUGAACAACAGGGUUAUCUGCCCCAACUAAAGCCAAGUCAGAAAGGUCUCUGCCUAAGCCAGCUGACAAAGUGACUGCUGGGCAUUUGCCCUCUGUGCAUGCUUUAUGUUUCUGCUCAUAUCAAUUAAACAGCCCUUCUCCAUUAGAGAGCCUCCACCAGAGAACACUCUGUCUACUUGGAGUCUCUUAUUUAGGCCAGUUCCUAGGCAACAAAGCAAGCAAACAAAGGAGAAAACCUCUGGAAAUCCAAACUUUAAAUGUUUCAAGAACUCUUGCUUUUUCUUCUUGCUUUCAGAAGCACUUCCCAAGCAAAACUGUUGCUCAAAUACUUAAAAAGGCACUUUACAAACAUAGUGAAAUUUCCAAAGGUCUGCUUCUCCUGACAAGAUGAUGGCUUUACUA